AUGGAAUCAAAUCAAUCAGACUAUACAAUGAAAGAAAUGAUUGCGCAAAAGCUAAAAGAUUAGGGUAAAGAUUCAGCUCACAAUUCUGAUGAAGAGGAAAAUGAUGAUCAGAGAAACUCAAGAGAAGCAAGAUAAGAUUAAAAACAAGAGUAGGUUAUUGAGUACAGUUAUUUGGGCAAGGAUUGCACUUUUGAUAAUGAUGCUGAGGAAAUUGAAUACUCUAUGAUAUACAGAAUACCCAAGAUUGAGAACUUAGAGAAUUGCGUCAACUUACAGAGACUGGGGCUUAGAAAAAAUUUAAUUAAAAAGAUUGAAGGUCUUGAUAACAAUUUAGCAUUAACACAUUUGGAACUAUAUGAUAACAGAAUCAAAAUCAUUGAGAACAUUUCUCAUUUGACUAAUUUAGUGAUGCUUGAUCUUUCAUUUAAUCGUAUCACUGAUAUUAGUGGUCUUGAUUCUUUGGUUAACUUAAGAAAGCUGUUCUUAGCAUCAAACAGAAUUAGUGAUAUCUCUGGUUUAGAUUUCUUAGUAAACUUAGAAACUUUGGAUUUGGGUGAUAACAAGUUGAAGAAAAUUGAAAAUCUUGAUAGACUCUAUAAUCUGACGGAACUCUACGCAGCCAAAAAUAAGCUGACAGAAAUUUCUGGAUUGGACAAUCUUAAAAAUCUUAUGAUUGUUGCUCUAUAGGCAAACUUUAUCUAAAGACUCUCUGGAGUUGAUCACUUAGAAUCGCUUGAAGAACUAUAUCUCCAGUAAAAUGAAAUUUCAAAGAUAGAAGGCUUAGAUUCCUUAACUAAUCUAAAUACACUUGAUCUGGCUUACAAUAGACUAGAAAAAAUUGAAGGUUUGGAUAAUAACUUUUAGGUAACAGAGCUUUGGCUUAAUUACAAUAAAAUUGAAGACAAUGAUAGCUUGAAUUAUCUCAAUAGAUUCAAAAAGCUUGAAACCAUUUAUGUUGCUGACAAUCCUAUAGCUAAAAAUGAGCAUUUUAUGGAUAAUUUGUAGAAAGCCGUGCCAACUCUUAGGCAAAUUGAUGGUUAUGUACUUAGACCAGGAAUUACUUUUAAAAUGAUGUAGAAUGUCAAUGUGAAACCAAUUACCAAGAAGGAAAUGAACCCAAAAGUAAAAGAAAUACUUGAAGAUGUGACUAAGAUGCAAUAAUGA